AUGCCUCGCAAUCACGCGGGAGCUGCGGCCUUAUAUAAAGGUGACCCUCCCACAGAGGCUCUGAAUGAAGAUCUACCCCAGCUGAGACUGGUCGAUUACUAUCGUCGAUUGCUGGUUGGUUUCAAAGAAUCCACAAAGCUACGAUACCUGAACCAAAAUCCAGAAAAUGCAAGUCUAUACGCAAAGUUGAAGAGUAUCGAUGCAUCUACAGUGGAUCCAACUUGUAGUAACCCAGGAUUCGAAGCCGUGGCAGGCAACUAUCUAAAAGUUUUCGACGACAUCAUAAGCGCGGUUGAAGAAAAACCUGGGGACGUGAAACAAGCGUGCGAUCGGCUGAUGGCUGUUGGGAAAAUGCAUCGCACAAAGGUUACACCACCGUUUCAACGACAGUAUUCAUCACGACUCAUCGUAGCCAUUUCAUAA